CCGAACCCAAGUCCGUCUCCCACGUGCAGAGCAGAAGAGCUCGGGUCGACGUGGCCUGCUGUCGGUAUUUUAGAGGUCUUGGUACUCUGGGCUUCAGUCACCAUGUCUAUGUUGGCGGAACCAAGGAGAAAAACACAACAGUGUUUUAUUAAUCCAAGAGGUGACGCCUGGUCAAAAGAUGAAAACAAAUUCGGCCAGAAGUUAAUGGAAAAAUUUGGAUGGUCUAAAGGGAAAGGCCUUGGAAGAGAAGAACAGGGAAUGACUGACUGUAUCAAAGUUCUAACAAAGGACAACAAGAAAGGUAUCGGAUUCAAAGGCUCUGACGACGAGUGGAUCAAGCACUAUGAAGGAUUUGAAAGUGUUUUGGCUAACCUCAACAGUGAUAAUUCCCAGGAGAACUCUGCCUCUAACAGUGCUGCUAACAGUGAUAAUGAGAAAAAGGAUACCUCGUCCUUAGAAAGGCGAUCAAAGGGCUCCAAAGCCAGAGUUCACUACCACAAAUUCACACGUGGCAAAGACGUGAGCCGUUACAAUUCAGAUGACAUUGCAUGCAUCAUCGGGUCAAAAAGAUCCAAGCAACUUGCUGAUAUUGAGGCAUCUCAGAUUAAGGAUGAGGAUGAGGUUGGUCAGCAAGUGAAGCUGAAUGGUGUUACUACAGUUAAAGGUGGUACUGUUCAGGAAUACUUUGCUGAGAAAAUGGCCAAACUCAAGAUGGCACAGGCACUGCGACAAGAAGAUGAGGAUAACAAUGAAGAGAGAGGGGAAUGUGAGAUUGGGGCUCAAAAUGGUACACAAGGUUUUGGUUAUUGUUAUGAAGAACAAACACCAAUUAACGGCAAGGUGUCUGAGAGUGAGAGAGAGGAGAGAGUAGGGUUUGCAUUUGAGUAUCCAGAAAAUGGAGAUGAUUGCACUGGGGAUCAGGCAGAAAAGAAGAAGAAAAAGAAGAAGAAGAAGGACAAGGUCAAGGAGAAAGAAGUAGGAGGAGAAGAAGAAAGUGUGUCUGACACUGAAAGUUCAGUCUCAAAAACAAAGAAGAGGAUGAGAGAAGUGGAUGAAGACUUACAGGUUGAAACACAAGGUGAAGUUGAUGCGAUCGUUAAGAAGAAGAAAAAGAAGAAGAAGAAAAGCAACAAGGAAAAGGAAGAAGAAGCUGAUGAUGAUAUAAUGGCUGAGAAAUUAACCACUGAGAACUGUCAUGAGGAAGAGGUUGAGAAACUUCAUGUUGAUGCAGAUAAUGAAAAGGAGAAAAAGACAAAAGACAAGAAAAAGAAGCUAAAUUUGGAUGUAAUGAAGGCAGAGGAAUUGCCAACUGAGAACAACUGCAAAGAAGAACCUGAUAACAUGCAGGCUGAAAUUGGUGUUAACAGUGAAAAGAAGAAGAAAAACAAAAAGAAGAAAAGUAAAGAUAAAAGUACAGAGGAGUUACCCACAGAAAACAGUUGUGAAAGAGAAUCCGAAAAUGUGGAUGUUCAGAAGCCAGAUGAGGAACAAAAAAAUGAAGAAGAAAUUAACGGAGUGAAAGAUGCUGGCAAUGAAACAGAAAAAACAAAGAAGAAAAAGAAGAGGAAGUUAGAUGAAAUUGAUGGAAAUAAUGCAGAAAGCAGUGUUACUGAACCAGAAUCCAGUGAAAAGAAAAAGAAGAAGAAAAAGAAGAAAGGCUUAUGCCAAGAAGAAAUUCAAGAAGAAAAUUGUACUGAACCUUCAGUUGAAAUGCCCAAAGUCACGCCUCAAGACUGCUCAGAUGUGGAAGAGGCCAAAAUUGGAGAAGAAACUUUCCAAGAGGAGGAAUCUGCACCAAAAAGGAAGAAGGGAAAGAAGAAGAAACAAAAGAGACAUGCAGACAAAGAUGAGAACUCUCCUUCAGAUGCUCUGAGUGCAGAGGAAAAGGGUCAUUCAAGCACAGCAGGAGAAGGCAAAAAGGAGGGAGCAGAGAGUGAAGAGACCAAUAAUUCUGAAGAUAAGUCAGAUGGAAAGAAAAGAUGACUAGAGCUGGACUUUGUAGACCUUGCUGUCUCUGAUGCAGUUACAAAAGACCCAGUGUCCUUUGCUGAAGAGAUCAAAAGAAAAAAAGCAAAUGUGCGGAAGUUAAUAAAGAAGAUGAAUGCCACAGAACGGAAAUUCAAGCGGAUAACAAAAGAAAGAGAUAGCAAGGUUUCAGGUAGCAAUGAGAUGCAAGAGCAAAUCAAAACUGGUCAGACAAAAAAUAAUCACACCGGGGAUAACAAGCAAACAGCUCCUGGGAACAGUGGGCCAGAUAAUCAAACGAGUUGCCAAAAUCAGAUGCAGAAUACCAUGAACACUGGGCCAAAUAAUCAGAUGUGUGUGUGUGCCACUCUCAGAAAUCUGAUGCCUAAUAUGUGGAACAUUUUUGGUCCAAAUAAUCAAAUGUUCUUCAACAAUCUGAUGCAGAAUAUGUGGAACAUUGGACAAAAUAAUCAAAUGUUUUCAAGAAAUCUAAUGCAGAAUAUUAGAAACACUGGGCCAAAUUUUAACAUGCUUCCCAGAAAUCCAACGCAGAAUAUCAGGAACACUGGGCCAAAUUUUAACAUGCUUUCCCGGAAAUCCAACGCAGAAUAUCAGGAACACUGGGCCAAAUAAUAUGUUUUCUGGAAAUCCAACACCGAAACCCUUCAACAAUAGUCCAGAUAGUGGGAAACCUUUCCAUAAUCCAGGGAACAGUGGAGGGAAAAGGAAACCAAGAGAAAAAAAGGUUAUUUCAGAAGAAAUUAAAGAAGGUUUCAAAGGUUUCAGAGGUUCAAAUCUAUUGAAGCAUACAGGGUAUGAAAUGUGAGGAUUGAUUAUUUCCAAUGUGCAUAUGUCCGUCUGUUUUUGUAAAGACUAGCUCUGCAAGAAAAAGGGAAAGCCAAAGUUGUUUUGGAACAGAGUGUAAAAGAUGAAGUGCCCUUGAUUUGUCUCUUGUCAGAUAAUAUGUAUAGUAAUGUAGUUAUUAUUGUAUAUCUUUUGGAAUUGAAAAUUUGUAAUUAUCCUCCAGAAAAAUACCUGUUCCUUAGUGUUGCAUGAGAAAAGCAGUUAUUGAGAAAAUGAAGGCCAUUUAAUAUGUAUAAAUGAGUGAUUAAUUAAAGUCAACUGGAUGGCAAGGAUCCUUUCUUUGUGUUCUCUAUAAUCUGUGAAGAGGUGCUUAAACUGAGGAAAAAUAGCUGUUAUUACCAACACAAAAUCACUGUCCUUUAUUUGUUUACUCCAGAGUUAGAAUGUACUGCAGGUACAGAAAAAAAAUAUUUACAAGUAAGGAAUGUUAAAAUGUAAAUUGUUGAAUUCAGCAGGCCUGUGCUGAUCACACAGAGUUUUAGUGAUUGUUAAUCAAUGGAUUCCAUAUAAUUUAUGAUGUUUUCUCAUAUUAAAAUAAAAUGUGAAAUUAU